AUUAGGAGUCAUAUUGAGAUGGUGAAGAGAUUCAAAGUGUGGACCUAUAAGGAAGGAGAACAACCAUUGGUCCACGAUGGGCCCACAAAGCACAUCUACUCCAUCGAGGGCCACUUCAUCGAUGAAAUGGACGGCGGUAUGAGCACGUUCAUGGCCCAUCAUCCCGAUGAGGCCCAUGUGUUCUUCCUACCCAUAAGUGUUACCUACAUCGUUGAGUACAUCUACCUGCCCAUCACCACCUACGAUCGUGAUCGAUUGGUCCGUAUUGUCACCGAUUACAUCUACACCGUCCGUAAAAAAUACCCAUACUGGAACAGAAGCAGUGGAGCUGACCAUUUUUUAGUCUCCUGUCAUGAUUGGGCACCACAAGUGUCGAAAGAGAAGCCUGAACUCUACAAGAAUUUCAUAAGAGUGCUAUGUAAUGCCAACACCUCAGAAGGAUUUGAGCCUAAGAGAGACGUCUCGUUACCAGAGUUUAACUUAGAACCUUUCAAGCUCAACCCUCCUCGCGACAUCGGCCUACCCACUGCUAAGCGUACAAUCCUCGGCUUCUUUGCCGGAAGGGCGCAUGGAGACAUCAGGAACAUCUUGUUCGCACAUUGGAAGGACAAAGACGAGGAUAUCCGAGUCUUCGAACACCUUCCUGAGAACCAAAAUUACAGCAAACUCAUGGGACAGAGCAAGUUUUGCUUGUGCCCAAGUGGUUAUGAAGUAGCGAGCCCAAGAUUGGUGGAGGCAAUUCAUGCUGGGUGUGUCCCGGUUAUAGUUUCUGAUUACUAUGUUCUACCCUUCAGUGAUGUGCUUGAUUGGAGCAAGUUCUCGCUGCAAAUUCCAACAAACAGAAUUCCAGAGAUCAAGACGAUUCUGAAAGGUAUUCCAAACUUUCAGUACUUGAAAAUGCAGAGGAGGGUGACAAAAGUGCGAAGACAUUUUGAGAUGAACCGACCAGCAAAGCCUUUUGAUGUUUUUCAUAUGUUGCUUCACUCUGUUUGGCUUAGAAGACUUGACAUUCGGCUACCGUAA